AUAACCUGCCAGAGACUACCCCAGGCUGAUAUAACCUGCCAGAGACUACACAAUGUCAGUAAAAGAAAAAAAGUUUCAAUGUGAGGAAUGUGGGAAACAUUUUGGAAAAAAGGGUUCUCUCAAGAUACACAUUCUUGGACACAGUGGUAUAAAAAUGUUUGAAUGUGAGGUAUGUGGAAAACCUUUUGCACGAGAGGGUGUUCUCAAGACACACAAAUUCUUACACAGUGGUAUCAAGAAGUUAAAAUGUGAAGAAUGUGGGUUACAUUUUGCACAAAAAGGUGAUCUGAAUAAACACAAACUUGUGCAUAGUGGUGUAAAAAAGUUCAAAUGUGAUGAAUGUGGGAAACAUUUUGCAAAUAAAGGUGAUCUGACUAGACACAAACUUAUGCACAGUGGCGUAAAAAAGUUCAAAUGUGAGGAAUGUGGGAAACAUUUUACACGUAAGAGUACUCUCAAGACACACAUUCUUGGACACAGUGGUAUAAAAGAGUUCAAAUGUGAGGAAUGUGGGAAAUGUUUCACCCAGAAGGGUCAUCUCAAAACACACAUUCUUGGACACAGUGACAUAACAGAGUUCAAAUGUGAGGAAUGUGGGAAAUGUUUAUCAAGUAAGAGUUAUCUCAAAACACACAUUCUUCGAUGCAGUGGUCUAACAGAAUUCAAAUGUGAAGAAUGUGGGAAAUGUUUUUCAAGUAAGAGUUAUCUCAAAACACACAUUCUUCGAUGCAGUGGUCUAACAGAAUUCAAAUGUGAGGAAUGUGGAAAAUGUUUCUCCCAGAAGGGUCAUCUCAAACGUCAUAAACUUGUGCAUGAGAUAAACAGAAUUCAAUAAAUGUUUGAAUGACUUUAACAGAAGGUAA